AGUGAAAACAAAUUCAUCAAAAAACAUGAGCAAGAAACAGCGGACUCUUCUCAAGAUCCUCUUAGCUCUCUUCGCUCUAAACUCCAUCUCGCUCUACUUUUACUUCGCCUCCAGCCACCACAACCACCACCGGCCCCUGUAUGACCACCGCCGCGACACGACGGCUGAGGGUUUCCCCGGAAUAAUCCCACACCGUGGACCUCACUUGUCAAAGCCCUGGCCGAUCAUCCCAUCGUAUCUCCCCUGGUCCUUGACCUCGAACGUAGCUCCAAAGUCAUGCGAAGCUUAUUUCGGAAAUGGGUUUACGAAGGUAGCCGAUGUUGUGUCCCCAAAGGCCGCCGUGAGAUCCGGGUCGAGCUGGUUCAGGUGCCAUUACUGAACCUUGAGGAGCUCGAUUUGUGAAGGUGGGAAGAUAAGGAUGGAUCCCGAGAAGAUUAAGAUGUCGCGAGGAGGUGAAAAGCUGGAGCAUGUUAUUGGGAGAACUGAAGAAGAAGAAUUGCCGGAGUUUGAAGACGGAGCUUUCGAGGUUGAAGUUGAAGGAGGAAGAUCAAGGUUAAAGAGAAAGAAGCUUGUUGGGGAUGGAUUUUUGGACCAGUUCUUGCCUGUUGGGAAUAUCUUGAAACAUACCAUGAGGGAAUUGGUGAGGUCUAUUGUUGUUGUGGUUGAAAGUGAUUUCACUUGCCAAGAGUGGGUAGAGGAGCCUACACUUCUGAUAACAAGAUUCGAGUAUGCAAACCUUUUCCACACCGUGACAGAUUGGUACAGUGCGUUUGUUUCCUCUAGGGUUACUGGCUUGCCGAACCGGCCGCAUUUGGUCUUUGUGGACGGUCAUUGUGAGACACAAUUAGAAGAAACAUGGAAAGCAUUGUUUUCAAGCCUUAGAUACGCGAAAAACUUUAGUGGUCCGGUCUGUUUCCGCCAGGCUAUUUUAUCACCGUUGGGAUAUGAGACUGCGUUAUUUAAAGGGCUUAGCGAAGACAUAGAUUGUCAAGGAGCUUCUGCACAAGAACUAUGGCAAAGCCCCGAUGACAGAAAAACUGCUCGAUUAUCUGAGUUCGGAGAAAUGAUCAGAGAUGCUUUUGGAUUUCCUGUAAACAGACAUCAUUCCGAUAAGGCAGCCUCGGGUGAUUAUAACGUUCUCUUUGUCCGUCGAGAAGAUUAUUUAGCCCAUCCACGCCAUCGAGGUAAAGUUGAGUCAAGACUUAGCAAUGAACAAGAAGUGUUCGAUGCAUUACAGAGCUGGGCAUCUAAUCGUCAGGAAUGUAAAGUAAACCUCAUCAACGGGUUGUUUGCUCACAUGUCCAUGAAAGAACAGGUUCGAGCCAUUCAGGAUGCUUCGGUUAUCGUCGGUGCUCACGGUGCUGGUCUAACACACAUAGUUUCAGCAACACCAAACACCGUGAUUCUCGAAAUCAUUAGCAGCUUUUUUAGACGGCCACAUUUUCAAUUGAUCGCACAAUGGAAAGGAUUGGAGUAUCAGGCCAUUAACCUUGACGGAUCGUAUGCGAAUCCAGGGGUUGUUAUCGAUCGGCUUAACAAGAUAAUGAGGAGUCUUGGGUGCUAAGAAAAUUCUCUCUUUUCUUUUUUCCAGAUUUCGGUUUCCGGCACUUACUGAACAAACAUAGAAGAGAUUAUCUAUAGUCUUUGCAGGUGGUUGAAUUCAUAGCUGACCGAAAAGGACUGUGAUAGAAAGGGAGAUGCUGAAAUCAUUCGGCUUGGUGAC